AUUUAUUUUUUGUUGGGAUUUUGGGACGACCUUUAUCGGACGGUUAGGUUUUGCUGGGUGUAGAGGUAUAUAUUUGAACAUUUUAGGGUUUUUUCUUCCAUCAUUUGAUUCAUUUCCAUUCGGCCGAGGAACGCAGUUGUGAUUUCCUCUUUCUCUGGAUUCAGUCUUUUGUUCUCAGUUUCAUCUGCUGCAGGUUCCCCGGUCUUCUCUCUCGUUAUCCAUCAAUCCUUUGCAGUUGAACGCCUUUCUUUGUGAUCACCUAAGUGACCAUGGCAAAUAAAGGCAAGGAUGAGGGCUCUAAAUCAAUACUUGAAAAGAAUGAUUCAGGUAAUAAUGUUGAAACUAAGGCAACUAUAUCUGAGCUCGUGAACAUGAAUGUUGAAGACCCCACUACUAUUGUCAAGGGUGAAGAUAAGGAAGAGAAUAAAAAAGAAGAGGUGAAUAAUGAACAACUUUCUAGAGAAAAUUCCAAGGGAAAGGUUAAGAAGUUGAGGAAAAGGAAAAAGAAGAAUACGACAUCGGGGAACACGAAUACGGUGGUUGCUAUUGAUGUAAAGAAGCCUGAGUCUUCAACCAAGAAGGCUAAGAAGAGGGUUGAGGGCUCAGGAAUGAUAUUUAUGUGCAGUUCAAAGACAAAGAAAGAUUGCUAUCGUUAUAAAGUUUUAGGGUUGCCUGCAAGCAAGAAAGACGUGGUAUCAAAGGUUUAUAAAGGCAUGCGGCUUUUUUUGUUUGAUAUUGAUUUGAGGUUGAUGUAUGGAAUCUACAAAGCUACAGCGCCGGGAGGCUACAAUAUUGAGCCAAAGGCUUUCAAGUCGGUUUUCCCAUCUCAGGUCCGGUUCACUGUAUUGGAAGACUGCCUGCCGUUGGCAGAGGAGGAGUUCAGAAAGGUUAUCAAGGACAACUACUACACUAGGAACAAGUUUAAUUGCCAAUUGAAAUCUGAGCAGGUUAAGAAGUUGUGCAAGCUUUUCCAGGCUGGCAGUAAGCGUCCCAAGUUUGAUAGGGUGGGUCGAAGCAGCAGAGUAUCUACCCACACAUUUGUAGACAGAGACAGAAUCAAGCCGCGAGAUCGGGAGGACGAGGAGCACCUUCCAUUGGAUGGCCGUUCUUUCAUGCAUGAAAGGGAGGGCUUUGCUCCUCCUGGGGUGCCUGCCCCACGACUGCCUCUACCUCCAGUGCCAGCCCCUGCUCCCCCUCCAUUGUAUGCCUAUGAGCGGCCUGUGGAGAUGGAUGCUUACAGACGGGAUACUCUCCUUGAGCAUCGUGACUUGCGGAAGUUAGAUCAGGAACGGAGGCUUCGAGAUGAGAUUGUGCACCGUGAUCCUUACAGUGUGUACAAUGAACCCCCUCCGUCGUACCGUGAACCAGCAUAUUCUGUUGGCUUGCCACCCAGGUACCGUUCCGAGUACUAUCCUGCUGCAGUCCCACCGCCGGAGUACAGCCCCGUUAGCCCGCCACCCCGAUACCACCUACCUGCUGCAGUUCCGCCACCUGAAUAUCAGCCUCGGUCACCCCGGUACCACCUGCCUGCUUCAGUUCCGCCACCAGAGUAUCAUCCUCGGUCACCCCGUUACCACCUGCCUGCUGCAGUUGCGCCACCUGAGUAUCAGCCUCGGUCUUCAUACCGUUAUUAAACCUCAGUGCCAAAUGAACUUUGAUGUAUUGAAAAUCGACCAUUGGUGGUUAAUUUUCAAAUUCAAAAUGACUCCCGCUUUGAUGGAUUAGUGUGUUGAUGUGUAAACAUGUUGCAUUGGGUAGGAAUUGGUUUUUGGCCAAGAAACUGGUUGAAGCUGUUGUAUGACCCAUUAUCUCAUCUGAGGAAGUGACUUCUUUC